UUGAGUGAUAUUUCUUUACCUGGUUUAACCUUUGAACAACAAAAGGAAUUGUUAUUGUUAAAGUUAGAACAUGAACAAAAGUUGGGGAGAAUGAAAUUGAAAGUGGAAGAAAUGAAAUUAGAAGUUGAGCAACAGGAAUUGGGGCUGAUUAAAACAGGGGGACUGUCUAUGGAUACUGGUGAGAGUGCAACACUUACUCAUUUUGAUGUUACACAAAAGUUUAAGGUUGAUGCCUCAAUUUGAUGAAAGAGAUGUUGAUACAUUUUUUGUACUGUUUGAAUGUGUGGCUAAUGCUAGAGGUUGGCCUGAUGAAGAACGAACAUUAAUGUUACAAUGUGUCUUGUCUUAACAGGAAAAGCGCAAGAGGUUUAUUCUUCUAUGUCAGCAGAGGAAUUCAAAAGCUACAUAAAGAAGGAGGUGGAGAUUGCUGUUCAGGAAGAACUUCCAGUCUGGGGAGUUCAUAUCAUCUUAGGUAAUGAUCUGGUACCUGAUGGUUGUUUGUGGCCUGAUGAUAAAAGACCUGUAUGUGCAUCUCAAAAUCCCACUUUAGUACAGAUUGAGCAGCAGCAGCUACCAUGUCAUCCGGUAGCAGCGCCUCUAGGGGGCGUUGUUGAAACUCCUGUAUCCAUGCAGACUGAUCUCUCAUGUUCUUUAGAUUCUGUGAAGGUCACUGUUCUAGGUCCUGAGGUGCCACCGGUGGGGGCACAGCAGCCAGAUGAGGGGGAAGACGUUUCGUCUACUGUGUGUGCUGUAACUCGUGCGAUGGCAGCAGCAUUGCCCUAUGACCUGGUGCAAGAACAGAAAAAGGAUUCAUCCUUGAAAGAUCUGUAUGCGUUGGUGGUGCCAUCCAAUCUGGCGUUUACCCAGGUGAAUGAGCUGUUGUCCUCAGCUCCAGUGCUUGCAGCUCCUCGGUUGGACCAUUCCUUCACACUGCAGGUGGAUGCUAGUGAUGUAGGGGCUGGUGCUGUAUUGUUGCAGGCAGAUGAAAAGGGUGUUGAGAAACCUGUGUGUUUCUUGCCGAAGAAAUUCAAAGGGUGCUUCUUCUGGAUCCAAAGUUGCUGGGUCAUAGGAAUGUGGAGCGUUGGUGAGGGUCAGCGGUGGUACCUCUGUGUUACACGGGGGGGUGUGAUGGAUGGAUGGAGGAGGUUCCUCCAAGUCCUGGUGCUGUGGAAGGAAUCAUCAGGCAGGAUUGCUUGCACCUGGAAGGAAGUGGGUGUGGCCCCUGGUCUAAGACUGCAAAGCACUGCUCAGGGCAGUCAGUCUGUCUCUGGCUUCCCACCUGGCUGGAUCUCCCACAUCUUGUGUAGUUUGGGUUUUUUCUUCUGUUUAGAGAAACUCACUCCAGCUGGUGGAGGCAAAUGGCCACUCUCCCUGAGCCUAGUACUGCCAGAAGUUUCUUUGUGUUGAAAUGUGAUUUUCUUUUGACUUUUCGCUGCUGUUUAAGGGCUUGCUUGAAGGGAAUUGUUU